AUGAGAAAGAAACAGCUUUACUUGACGAACUUUUUGAAUUCCAUUAAGGAUUUAAACAAUUUUGGUGAAUCAAAUUCUAGGAACGAUUCCAAAACCAUUUUUAUUAAAACGGAAACAGAAGAAGUUCCUUCAGUUCUUCUAUCAUCACCAACUACGAAUCUGUCUUCAGAAUGUCAUUUAGACGUUCAUUCAUUGGAGGAAGAAGCCACAUCAGAGCCAUCACCUGAUGUAAGUGAAUCUGACAACAUUAUCCAGAAUGCGAUUAAUUCUGCCUCUGAGAAUGAACAAAUUGUUGACCCAUCGGAAAUUUUUCCUUUCUAUGCAAAUCGUCGGAGAAUCGUUGAAUUAUACUUUAAAAAUCCUUCUUUUGGUCGUGGAAAGAUUGCACAGCUUGUUGGAGUAGCCCGAACAACUGUUGACCGUACGAUUCGAAGAUAUAAAUUAAAACAGAAUGAAAUUAUUUCUGCUUCUGUCAAUAGACAAACGGAUGAUCCCUCGAUAAUAUUUCCUGGCAAUGCGAAUCGUCAGAGAAUCGUUGAUUUAUAUUUAAAAAAUCCUGCUUUUCUUCCUGGGAAGAUUGCAAAGCUUGUUGGAGUGGCCCGAACCACUGUUGACCGUACGAUCAAUAAAUAUAAACAUCUGGUUUUAAAUAAUAAGAAAACACAAGAGGAUUGUGAAUAUUGCGUCUGUCAGAUUUGUGGAAAGCUUCUGAAAAGUCAACAGAGCUAUUCUGCUCAUAUAAAAAUUGUUCACAAGAAAAAUAAAUCCCAACAGUGUGACAUUUGUGGCCGCGAAUGUUUCAACAAGGCGAUACUUCGAUCUCACAUGCAAGUGCACGUUCCAAAUGAAUUCAAAAUCAAGAACUUUCAAUGUGAUCACUGUGAAAAAUCUUUUGACAACAAAAAUUACAUUAAAAGGCAUUUGUUUGCUCAUCAUACGAAAUUUAAAUCAUAUUCGUGCUAUUUAUGUGGAAAAAAUUUUUACUCUCAAACGACGCUGAAAACCCAUCACGCUUCACAUAGUGAAAAGAUGUUUCAAUGUGAUUAUCCAGAUUGUGAAAAGAUGUUUAAACAUAAAAAAUCUAUGGCGUUACAUAGAAAUGUUCAUUCGAAGGAGUUGAGAUUUGAAUGUCCUUAUGAUAGUUGCGACAACUUUUAUGUUGGAAAGAGGAAUUUGAAUCUACACAUUUUCACUUGGCACAAGAAAAUCAAGGAAAAAUGUCCAGUUGGAAAUGGCUGCAAGUUUGCAAGUGGAAGAAAAUAUCACAUGAAAGUACAUUUGAAGAAACAUUCUGAACUUUCUGUUGAAGAAUUGGAAAAAUACAACAAGCAAUUGUCAUUUAUGAAUCUUUGUUAAUAUUAAAAUUUAUAAUUGAAAUGCACAAUAUGUAAUUUGAAAUAAUAAAAAGUAUUCAAUUUUAUAAAAGUUUUUUUAAAAGAAAUUCUCUUAAAAUA